CCAGCAUAUAUAUAUAUAUAGUUGCGAACGCAAAUGGAGUCGCAAAUAUGUCAAAAAAAAAGAAAACUAUGAUUUUCCUGUGAAAAAUUGUAAAUUAAAAAAAAAACAAACAUCAUGAAGAAGGAGAAAACAGCCGACAAUAGUCGCCCUUAUAAAUUAGCUCAUCAAAUUUUGAGUUUAACGGGAAUCAAUUUCGAUAGGCGAAGCAUUAUUGGUUUUGUUGAACUGACAAUAAUUCCAUUGAAAGACACAUUACGAUCUAUUCGAGUAAAUGCAAAACAAUGCAGAAUUUAUCGUGUCUCACUCAACGACACUGUGGAAGCUCCAUUUCAAUAUUUCGAUCCAUUCCUUGAUAUUUGUCAAGGCGACAUCGAACAACGCUCAUUGGAGGCAUUUUCAAAGCAACAUCUUGCAGCGGCACAAAAAGUCGAUCCAGACAACAAUGCCGGUGAAUUAAUGAUUCAAGUGCCACCGCAUGCAGCACAUUUUAUUGCCGAAGGACGUCCAUUACGUAUUGGUAUUGAAUUUUCCCUUGAAAAACCACAAGGUGGUAUUCAUUUUGCAUUAGUACCGAAAAAAAAUGAUCAAGACACACGAACACACGCUGAACGUGGUUCACAUAUGUACACCUAUAGCUAUGAAAAUUCCUCGCGUCUUUGGUUUCCAUGUGUUGAUUCAUUUGCCGAACCAUGCACAUGGAAACUUGAAUUUACCGUUGAUGUAUCAAUGAUUGCAAUUUCAUGCGGUGAUUUAGUUGAGACAAUUUAUACGCCCGAUAUGCGUCGUAAAACCUAUCAUUAUGUUCUAAAUACACCGGCUAGUUCACCAAAUAUUGCCAUGGCUGUUGGUCCAUUUGAUGUUUAUGUCGAUCCAAAUAUGCAUGAGGUUGCACAUUUUUGCCUACCACAAUUAUUACCAUCGUUAAAAGUAUCAGCAAAAUAUGUUCACGAAGCUUUUGAAUUUUACGAAGAGACUUUGUCGAAUCGUUAUCCCUAUUCCUGUUAUAAACAAGUAUUUGUCGAUGAACUCGAUAAGGAUAUUAGUGCCUAUGCAACAAUGAGUAUUCUCAAUACAAAUCUUCUUCAUUCAUCGCCAAUAAUCGAUCAGGUUUAUCUAACAAAACGCGCAAUGGCCCAAGCAAUUGCUGAACAAUUUUUUGGUUGUUUUAUUUCAAUGCAAAAUUGGUCCGACACUUGGUUACCAAAAGGAAUAAGCACCUAUUUAACGGGUUUAUAUGCUAAAAAAUGCUUUGGCAAUAACGAAUACAGAGAUUGGAUACAAUCCGAAUUGAUGGAAGUCGUUAAAUAUGAGGAGCAAUUCGGUGGAAUUAUUCUCGAUCCAUCCCAACCACCGGCACCACUUCCAAUCGCUGGUAAUGCUCCAAUUCCCCAAGUUCGUUCGCCACCCGAUCCGGGUUUUUAUUUUCCCAUUCGUAAUCUUCAUACAAUGUCACCGAAAUAUUUGGAAGUUUUAAGAAAGAAAGCACAUCUUGUUAUACGAAUGUUGGAGCAUCGUAUCGGUCAAGAACUUCUUUUACAAGUGUUCAAUAAACAAUUAUCCCUAGCGGCUAAUGCCGCACAACAGCGUAUUGAUUCUGGCCUUUGGUCACAUAUGCUCAUCAGUACAAAUGUAUUUACAAAAGCAAUUUUCACCGUCACUGGCAAAGACAUGGCAGUGUUUAUUGAUCAAUGGGUACGUACCGGUGGACAUGCGAAAUUUAAUCUCAGUUUUGUAUUCAAUCGGAAACGAAAUACUGUCGAAUUGGAGAUUAGGCAGGAUACGACCCAUCAGCAUGGAAUUAGAAAAUACGUUGGUCCACUUUUAGUUAAUAUUCAAGAGCUCGAUGGACCCUUUAAGCAUACGUUACAAAUUGAGGGAACUGUUGCCAAAGCUGAUAUUACCUGUCACAGUAAGAGUAGACGAAAUAAAAAGAAAAAAAUUCCCCUCUGUACGGGUGAAGAGGUCGAUAUGGAUUUAUCAGCUAUGGAUGAUUCGCCGGUACUUUGGAUACGUUUAGAUCCCGAUAUGACACUUCUCAGAGCUGUACAGAUAGAACAACCGGAUUAUCAAUGGCAAUAUCAAUUACGUCAUGAGAGGGAUGUUACAGCGCAAACGGAAGCUAUUGCAGCUUUACAGAAUCAUUCAACACCAGCUACAAGGCUAGCCUUGACUGAUACCAUUGAAAAUGAGCAUUGCUACUAUAAAGUUCGUCUUCGUGCCGCUCAUUGUUUGACAAAAGUUGCUAAUGCAAUGGUAGCCACAUGGGCAGGUCCUCCAGCAAUGUUGGCAAUAUUUAGAAAACUUUUUGGCUCAGCUUCAUGUCGUCGAAUUAUAAAGCAGAAUAAUUUUCAAAAUUUUCAACAUUAUUUCCUACAGAAAACCAUUCCGGUUGCAAUGGCGGGUUUACGUAAUGCCCACGGGAUUUGUCCUCCGGAAGUAUUGUCUUUUUUGAUGGAUUUGUUCAAGUAUAAUGAUAAUUCAAAGAAUAGAUAUUCGGAUAAUUAUUAUCGUGCCGCUUUAAUAGAAGCCCUGGGUGCUACAGUGACACCAGUCAUCAGUGUUCAAACUGCAAUAACCGCGGAAUCAUUGUCAAUAGAUACAAAAGCAAUUUUAGAAGAAGUGACACGUCAUUUAAAUCUUGAGAAAUUACUUCCUUGCUAUAAAUACACGGUUAGUGUGGCAUGUUUAAAAGUUAUUCGAAUCCUACAAAAAUACGGUCAUCUACCCAGUAAUCCACAUAUAUUUCGUGCCUACGCAACUUAUGGUCAAUUUCUCGAUAUUCGUUUCGCCGCUCUUGAGGCUUUGGUAGACUUUACAAAAGUCGAUGGCAAAUGGGAGGAUCUGCAAUUUUUGUUAAACAUUGCAAAAAAUGAUAAACAUCCCGGUGUUCGUCAUCGUUUAGUACGUCUUUUAGUGGAGAAUCCACCAUUUGAACGAGCUCAUAAACAUGCAUUGGAUAAACCCGAUUUAGUCGAAACCCUCUGGAGUCUCAUUAAUAAUGAAUUAUCCCAUGAUGCAAAACUCCGUUGUGAUUGGGUUGAUUUCUAUUACACUCUCUAUGGAUCAAAACGACCCCUCUGUCUUCCCAUCAAGGAACUCGAAAUGUUGUUUAAGCCGAAAAAAGUUACACCCGAACGGGAAAUUAAAACCGAAGUAAAAACCGAAAUCCAAGAGAUUGAUGUUGGUAAUAAAAGAAAAGCAUCGCCGGAAAAGGAAAUUAUUAUCGAACCCGAAGCAAAACGAAUGAAAAUUAAUAAUGAUAGUGAAACAAAAGAAUUGCCCCUCGAUGGUAAGGUAAAGGAAUUUUAUAGUGAUAAUUCGGCAUCAUUACCGGGUAUAACGGAGACUCAGGGACCUAUUGGAUUUGAACCGGGUAUGUUUAAAAAUAAAGAGGAGCAACAACAACAACAACAACAACAACAACAGCAGCAGCAGCAGCAAGAACAUAAGAAAACGGAUACCACCACCAAUACAAAGGGAAAGAAAAAGAAGAAGGAUAAAAAGAAGCAUAAACAUAAACAUAAGCAUAAACAUGAUCAUAAACAUGGUAAGGAUAAGGAGAAAAAGGAGAAGAGCAAUAAGGAGAAAACAAUAAAGGAAAAUAAUAAUAAGGAUCAAAGUUUAAAACUUAAGGAAGAGACAUUAAGUUCAGCGAGUUCGAGUCCAAGUCCUGAUGCAACAACAUCAACGAAUGAAUUUAAUUUUCCCACUUGAGGGAGAAAAAAAAACACCAAAAUUUUUUCUGGGAUAUAAUUUGUUUUCUGUUGUAUAAAAUUAUAGGAAUUUCAAUUUUUGCUAGGUAUUUUCAUUUUUCAGCGUAUUUUGUUUUUAUAAGUUAUGCUUGAUUGGGGUUUUUUUUUUUGUAAUUUUAGGUUAUGUACAUGAUGCACUUAAUAUAUAUAUAUUAUGUAAUAAUAAUAUAGAAAAAUAUGA